CGGCCAUGGCGGCGGCGGGCCCCCGGCCCGAGGCCGGCGACUUCCUGGCCCGGUACCGGUUGGUGUCGAACAAGCUGAGGAAGCGCUUCCUGCGGAAGCCGAACGUGGCGGAGGCCGGCGAGCAGUUCGCGCAGCUGGGUCGCGAGCUGCGCGCCCAGGACUGCCUGCCCUACGCGGCCUGGUGCCAGCUGGCGGUGGCGCGCUGCCAGCAGGCGCUGUUCCACGGGCCCGGGGAGGCGCUGGCCCUCGGCGAGGCCGCCCGCCUCUUCCUGCGGCAGGAGCGCGACGCGCGCCAGCGCCUGGCCGGCCCCGCCGCCUACGGAGAGCCGCUGCAGGCCGCCGCCAGCGCCCUGGGCGCCGCCGUGCGCCUGCACCUGCAGCUGGGCCAGCCGGCCGCCGCCGCCGCGCUCUGCCUCGAGCUGGCCGCCGCCCUGCGCGACCUGGGCCAGCCGGCCGCCGCCGCCGGCCACUUCCAGCGCGCCGCCCAGCUCCAGCUGCCGCAGUUGCCCCUGGCCGCGCUGCAGACCCUCGGCGACGCCGCCUCCUGCCAGCUGCUGGCGCGCGACUACAGCGGCGCCUUGGCGGUCUUCACGCGCAUGCAGCGCCUGGCGCGGGAGCACGGAAGCCACCCGGGCCCGCCGCCGCCGCCGCCGCCGGGGCCUCAGCUCGGACCCGGCGCGGCCCCCGGCCUGGCCCUGCCCGCAGCGCCGCCCGCUCCGAGCGCGAACAUGGGCCCUGCGGCGCCCGCCUGUCCCGCCGCGCUGGGCGCCUUCGCGGACGUGCUGGCCCGCUGCGAGGUGUCCCGCGUGCUGCUGCUGCUGCUCCUGCAGCCACCGCCCGCCCGGCUGAUGCCGGAGCACGCCCGGACCCUGGAAACGUACUCCUGGGAGGCCUUCGAGGGCCACGGGCAGGACGGCGGCGGGCAGCUCCCCGAGGAGCUCUUCCUGCUUCUCCAGUCCCUGGUGAUGGCCACCCACGAGAAGGACACGGAAGCCGUUAAGUCGCUGCAGGUGGCGCUGUGGCCGCUGCUGACUGCCGAGCAGAACCACCUCCUCCACCUCGUGCUGCACGAAACCAUCUGCCCCUCGGGACAGGGCUUCUGAUGAGUCACAUUGGCCAGGAGGCUCUUGCCUGUGCCCGGGUCUCACGGGGUCCACCUUUGCGGUUGGAGAGAGAAGAGACAUCACGGAUCCUGGGACCACACUUGAUGUUAUUCCUGCUGCCACCGCAGGGACUGGUCACCUCAGUGGACGUCACCUGCAUCCUGUGUGCUUAUGUCCACAGUCGUGGGCAAGGAGAAGCCACCGCGGCAGCGAGGAGUAGUAGCGGAGCGUGCACGAGGCUCUUCUCCUGGAAACUGCCAGGCACCCAUGAAAAUCCCUGUCAGCUCCUUCCUCUAGACCCGCCUCCCACCCCAUCGCUGUCUCACAGCGACGAUUUUCUCUGCGCGAUCUCAUGGAGACUCUCAUUGCUUAGCCCAUUUCUGUGUCGCCGUAGUCACCAAGGCGCGCCUUUGCUUCGUCUGCGCCCUGCAUAUUCACGGAGUCGUUUCGUUCCUGGCCACCUUGUUGCUGCAGCCCUGCAUCCACGGUAAAGCCUUCCUAAUACUCCUGACUUGUGCUUUAGUGUCACCUCGUUGGUGAAAUGUGACUCCCUUUUCUACUCGUCAGGAGGCGACAGAAAGCAGAGGAGGUGCACAGUUCCCUUUCAGCUCCGGAGUGUGUUCAUGCGUGCGGAGUGCAGUGUUCCCGGCACGUGGACCCUGCAGCCGGGCAGCGAAUCUGCAGAGAGCACCGGGGACGCAGCCCGCUCUCAGACCAAGGCCGUGCCAGUGUGUCCAGGACAACAGGUCCCGUGCCGUUUUGCCCGCUUUGAAAUCCGCAGUUCCGGUCGUAGCCCGAGGGGUGUAUGUCAUCUGCGUCACAACCUCUGUCUGUAAUGGGGAUCUCGCUGCAACUUUUAUCUACCUCAAGCAGGUCUGGGAUAAAAGUGAAAGUGGAGAUUGGCAUUGUACUGCUGGCUGGAAGACACACAGUGGAUCUGUAUGGCGUGUGACAUGGGCACAUCCUGAAUUCGGACAGGUUUUGGCUUCCUGUUCUUUUGACCGAACAGCUGCUGUGUGGGAAGAAAUAGUAGGAGAAUCAAAUGAUAAACUGCGAGGACAGAGUCACUGGGUUAAAAGGAAACUCUAGUGGAUAGCAGAACUUCUGUUACUGAUGUGAAAUUUGCUCCCAAGCAUAUGGGUCUUAUGUUAGCAACCUGUUCAGCAGAUGGUAUAGUGAGAAUAUAUGAGGCACCAGAUGUUAUGAAUCUCAGCCAGUGGUCUCUGCAGCAUGAGAUCUCGUGUAAGCUAAGCUGUAGUUGUAUUUCUUGGAACCCUUCAAGCUGUCGUGCUCAUUCCCCCAUGAUAGCUGUAGGAAGUGAUGACAAUAGUCCAAGUGUGAUGGCCAAGGUUCAGAUUUUUGAAUAUAAUGAGAACACCAGGCCUGGGAUGGAGACCGAGGUCCUGCAUUUCUCAGAAGUGCCCAGGCUGAUGCGGACCAUGCAGUAGAAGCAAGGAUGUGCACAAGAUUGUGUACAGUGAUCGUACAGGGUGAGAAGAGGUCAAGGAGAGAACCAAGUUGGUCUGGCGAGUGAGUUGGAAUAUGACAGGAACAGUGCUGGCGUCGUCAGGAGGUGACGGCUGUGUGAGACCGUGGAAAGCUAAUUAUAUGGACAAUUGGAAGUGCACUGGUAUUCUGAAGUAAUGGAAGCCCAGUCAAUGGGAGUUCUCAGCAGGGAAACUCAAAUCUGUCCCUAGGUUCAAAUAUUCCAAAUCUUCAAAAUCCAUUAAAUGGAUCUUCUGCUGGCAGGAUUCAGAAAGUCUUGAGAUUUUCUCCACUUAUCUUUGCUCAUGGAGUGUGGACAAAGGCUAACCUCGAGGAAGGAGACUUAAAAAACUGUCAUCUCUCUUCCCAAGUGCACCGACAUCCGAAACAUUC